CCACCGCCGGCCGCGGAGGAGACAUCACCCCAGCCAGGCGGCUGCUACUGUCCUACCUAGAGAACAUCCUUUCUAUGGGACAACAAGUGAACUGCUGCCGCCGCCGCCGCCGCCGCCUCACACUGCAGCAGGGGGGGACCCCUUGGCCCAGCUCUCACCACCAGGGCGCAACAGCACCAGUUACUAAAUCUGUGUCACUUGCACAAUUUUAGCCCCACAACUCCUGAGCAUCCUCCCACUAAGCCGGUUUUUUGGGGGGGCCGGGGGGAGUUCUUUGCCCUUUAGAUUUUUUUUUAUCACCAUCACUCUCCAGCCCUCUCCCCGUUUUGGGGGUGCUGAUUCCCUGCUUUGAAGUGCAAAAAGAAAAUCAGUCGGGGAGGGGGAGAGGUUCGGUUUGUUUUUUUCACUCACACGGUCCAAGGCAUGAUGCUGAAGAUGCUCCCGUUUAAACUGCUGCUGGUGGCCGUGGUUCUGUGCUUCUUUGAGGGGGAUGCUAAGUUUGGGGAGAGUGGAGCAAGGAGGAGAAAGUGCCUGAAUGGUAACCCACCGAGGCGACUGAAAAAGCGAGACAGGAGGAUGAUGUUCCUGGAGCCUGCCAGCGGAGGGGAGAUGAUGUGUCGUGGCUUGUACCCUCGCCUGUCCUGCUGCUCCAGGACUGACAGUCAGGGGCUGCUGCACAUUGAGACUAAGAUAUUUUCUGUUACCAACAACACAGAAUGUGUGAAGCUACUGGAAGAAAUCAAAUGUGCACACUGCUCACCACAUGCUCAGAAUCUAUUCCAUUCACCUGAGAAAGGGGAAGCAUCUGAAAGAGAACUAGCUCUUCCCUUCCUGUGCAAAGACUAUUGUAAAGAAUUCUAUUAUACUUGCAGAGGUCAAAUACCAGGGUGUCUCCAAACUACAGCUGAUGAGUUUUGCUUUUACUAUGCAAGAAAAGAUGGUGGCUUGUGCUUUCCAGAUUUUCCAAGAAAACAAGUGCGAGGCCCAGCUUCUAACUAUUUGGACCAGAUGGAAGAAUAUGACAAAGUGGAAGAGAUCAGCAGAAAGCACAAGCACAACUGCUUCUGUAUUCAGGAGAUUGUGAGUGGUUUGAGGCAGCCUGUUGGUGCAGUGCACUGUGGGGAUGGAUCACAUCGUCUCUUUAUCCUUGAGAAGGAAGGAUAUGUGAAGAUUUUCACUCCUGAAGGAGACAUAAUUAAGGAACCGUUUUUGGACAUACACAAGCUUGUUCAAAGUGGAAUAAAGGGAGGAGAUGAAAGAGGACUGUUAAGCCUUGCAUUCCAUCCCAAUUAUAAGAAAAAUGGAAAGCUGUAUGUGUCUUAUACCACCAACCAAGAACGGUGGGCCAUUGGACCUCAUGACCACAUCCUUAGGGUCGUAGAAUACACAGUAUCCAGGAAAAAUCCACACCAGGUUGAUAUGAGAACAGCAAGAGUGUUUCUAGAAGUAGCAGAGCUACACCGAAAACAUCUAGGAGGACAGCUUCUGUUUGGCCCAGAUGGCUUCUUAUACAUUUUCCUUGGUGAUGGAAUGAUCACUCUAGAUGAUAUGGAGGAGAUGGAUGGUUUAAGUGAUUUUACAGGUUCUGUAUUACGUCUGGACGUAGAUACUGAUUUGUGCAAUGUUCCUUAUUCCAUACCACGGAGCAACCCACACUUUAACAGCACCAAUCAACCCCCUGAAAUUUUUGCACAUGGACUCCACAAUCCAGGCAGGUGUGCCGUGGAUCGCCACCCAACAGAUCUAAAUAUUAAUUUAACAAUACUUUGCUCAGACUCAAAUGGAAAGAAUAGAUCUUCAGCAAGAAUCUUGCAAAUAGUAAAGGGGAAAGACUAUGAGAGCGAGCCUUCACUUCUAGAAUUCAAACCAUUCAGUAGUGGACCAUUGGUCAGUGGAUUUGUAUACCGAGGUUGCCAAUCUCAGAGGCUUUAUGGAAGUUAUGUGUUUGGAGACCGCAACGGAAAUUUUUUAACGCUGCAACAGAGUCCUGUGACCAAACAGUGGCAAGAGAAACCUCUAUGUCUUGGCAACAGUGGCUCAUGUAGAGGCUUCUUUUCGGGACACGUUUUGGGAUUUGGUGAAGAUGAAUUAGGUGAGGUGUACAUUUUAUCAAGCAGCAAAAGCAUGUCACAGUCUCACAAUGGGAAACUCUACAAGAUUGUUGACCCCAAACGACCUUUAGUCCCUGAAGAAUGCAAAAGAACAGCUCAGUCUGCACAGAUAUUGACAUCUGAAUGCUCAAGACAUUGUCGGAAUGGGCACUGCACUCCAACGGGAAAAUGCUGCUGUAAUCAAGGCUGGGAAGGAGAAUUCUGCAGAACUGCAAAAUGUGAUCCAGCAUGUCGACAUGGAGGUGUCUGUGUAAGACCCAAUAAGUGCUUGUGUAAAAAAGGAUAUCUUGGCCCCCAGUGUGAACAAGUGGAUAGAAACAUCCGAAGAGUGACAAGGGCAGGUAUUCUUGAUCAGAUUAUAGACAUGACAUCCUAUUUGCUGGAUCUAACCAGCUACAUUGUAUAGUUUCUGGGACUAUUUGGAUACUACGUUUUCAACGGGCAUUUAUUUUGAAUCCUGUCAUUUUAAAAAGACUGUUAUCCUGCUAUAAACACCGGUGAUUCAAUUUACUUUUAUUAAUUUAACUAUAAUUUCCAGACAUGUGCAGAUAAUUUUUUUUCAUGUGUAUAUAUAUAUCAAUACAUCAGCACAGAUGUAUAGAUGUACAACACACGCAAAACCCCAUCAUAAGUGUGGUUGCAUAACUAGUGGAAUUUUUGAAAUAUAUUUCUUCAUGUGAAAUAGUUUACACAGUGUUUCCACUUAAACCACAUUUUCAUCAAAGGACUCUUAUGAUGUCAUAAUGGAUUCUUUGACAUCCCAGCAAUUUUACAUCUGUAGCUAUCUGAUUAUAACAAUAAAGAGAGGAGUUUUGAAACAUUACUGUACAAACUGCUGGAUUUAAUUAAAUUUGGUUAUAACAGUUUUUAAGGUGAAAUAAACUACACUAUGAGAUAAUA